GCUGGCCCUGCUCUCUGAAUGAAGGGGAUUCAGCCAGUCAGGCGGCUGCUGUUGUUCACUAGCGGACUCAGGUGGCGAACGUAAUUGUGGAGUACAUGAACUCAUCUGCAUCCGAAAAGUGUCUCCUGAGGCUCUGGGGUUCCUGACGGCCAUUGGGGUGUUCAUCGUUCUCAUGAUCCUGCUCUUUUUAUACCUCAACAACAAGCUGUCCUUGGAGAACGCUGGGCCUCUGCCGUGCCUUGAUGACUACAGGAAAAGCAAGGAACUGCAAGAUAAGAGCUUUGCAGAUGGGGACUUCCAUGGCUCAUCGUCAGAGAGCGAGGACGAGGUGAUCGGGAAGUACCAGGAGGCUGUGAGCCGCUCCCAGGGGCUGCGUGGGGGUGCAGCUGAUGCCGGCCACCCGAAGGGCUACGGCUGGGAGACGCGUCAGAAGUACAGCCCCCUGGCCGCCGAGUACGAUGGCUACAGCAGCGAGGCCUCGGCCGACGACGCCAACUGCAUCCAGCGCAUGAGACGCACGCCGCCGCUGGACGAGCUCCAGCCGCCGCCCUACCAGGACGAGGACGGCUCGCCGCGCAUGUCCUGCACGCCCUCCGACCUGGGCGACACCAAGUGCGGGCUGUCCCACGGCAGCGACAGCCCGCGCCACUCGUACGGCAAGUGCCCGAGCGAGGGCAGCGGCGGCCAGGAGACGGAGAGCUACCUCAACAAGGGCUACGAGGAGGACGUGCCCAGUGACAGCACGGCGGUGCUCAGCCCCGAGGACAUGUCAGCGCGUGGGUCGGCUGCCCAGCUCCCAAAAGGCUACGAGCCGGACCCGGUGGCCCAGUACGGCACCCUGGAUGUGAUGUUCAACUAUGACUCAGGGGACCAGCGGCUCGCGGUGACGGUCAUGUCCGUCACCGACAUCCCGCCCCUCAAGCGCACGGGCAACAUCUCCUGGCAGGUGCACCUGGUGCUGCUGCCCACCAAGAAGCAGCGGGCCAAGACGGGCAUCCAGAAGGGGCCGUGCCCGGUGUUCAAGGAGACGUUCCGCUUCAGCCAUGUCGAGACGGAGAUGAUCGGCAACUACGCCGUGCGUUUCCGCCUGUACAGCAUCCGCCGCAUGAAGAAGGAGAAGGUGCUGGGCGAGAAGGUGUUCUACCUCACCAAACUCAACCUGCAGGGCAAGAUGUCCGUGCCUGUCAUACUGGAUCCCUGCCCCACUAUACCAGGCAGCGAGUCCCAGGUCAGCAUCUCCGAGAUGUCCAGCGAGAGUGCAUCCUCAUUCCAGUCGGCGGGCCAGGGCUCCUCGCCAGAGAUCCUGGUGGGUCUCGUUUACAAUGCCACCACUGGCCGUCUCUCCGUGGAGAUCAUCAAAGGCAGCCACUUCAAGAAUCUGGCUGCCAACAAGCCACCCAACACGUUCGUCAAAUUGACCCUGCUGAACUCCAUGGGUCAGGAGAUGUCCAAGUGCAAGACGUCCAUCUGCCGUGGGCAGCCCAACCCCACCUACAAGGAGACGUUUGUCUUCCAGGUGGCCCUCUUCCAGCUCUCGGACGUCACGCUCAUCCUGUCCGUGUACAACAAGCGCAGCAUCAAGCGCAAGGAGAUGAUCGGCUGGAUCUCUUUGGGACUCAACAGCUCCGGCGAGGAGGAGCUCACGCACUGGACACAGAUGAAGGAGUCCAAAGGGCAGCAGGUCUGUCACUGGCACAGUCUGCUGGAGUCGUAGGGGGGGAGAGACGGAGGGGUGGAUGGACGGUUGUAAGUAUGAAGGAUACGAGGGAUGCAGACCAACCCGGCCGAGCCUCAGAGCUGCCCAGGGACACACAGAGCUGUCCCGCCGUGCACUCUGGGAUAUGAGGUCAAGCUCUGGCUUUUAAAAGGGUUCUGAGAGGCAAACUAAGAGUUUGAGUUUCAUUUGUUAAAUGUAUACUUUUGUUGUUGUUGAACUAAAUUUGAACCAAUGUUAUAUGGAUGGCUUACUUCCUGCCAAGGUAUCAGGUUUUUUUUUUGAGAAAAUUUGCUUUUUUUGUCCUAGUACUGUACUGAGUGUGUGCUGAUAUUGCUUGGGCCUGAGAGCUUUGUCACUGGUAUGGCAUUCUUCCGACUGCGCCGUGUUGCAAAAGAUGGCAGCUUGAGCUCCCGAUGAUGACAGCCAUUUCAAGUCCAUGGGAUUAGCAGC